AUGUAUUUCCCCACCAUCAUCACCAUCUUUGCUGCCCUGACUCCGUUCGCCCUGGCGGACUGCUGCUACAAAGUUAAUGGCAGGUGCAGGGACGGCACCGUGGGCACCCCGUACUGCGGCAAAGGGGGGUGCAAUUGGCUAGGCUGUGACUGCGCUGGCGGCUGCCGCAAUACUCGGUCACGCGUGAUGGAAAGGCAGGCUGCCGAUGCUGAGACCACCGACGCUUUCAACAAGGCUUCCGGCGGCACCGGAAAGCUUACCGAGCCACAGUUUGCGGCAUUUGUCGGUGUUCCGGCGGAUGAUCCGACAGUCACUCAGCUGUUCAAGGAGCACGACAAGAACAACGACGGUGUUGUCACCAUUGACGAGAUCGGCGGUUAA